UUGCGAAUGAAUGAUUUUGAAUAUGGUCCUUUUUUCGCGCCUUUGCGCGCUUCCCAACACUAAAUCUGUUUUUAUCGGAAUAUCGGAGCGAACUCGAACUAAAUAAAAAGACUAAUAAUAAUAGUUUCCAAUAUUUAAUAUUUCCAAAAUUCCAAUUACUACCUCUCUUUAAAAGAAAAUCUACUCAGAAUAACUACUCAGAAAUGUAGUUGCCCGAGAAGUCUUUUGAAUUAAUAUUCAAAUAAUGAGCUCUCAACGAAAACUCUGGCUUCGAUCAAGAGACGGCUGCCAGGACGAUCUGGAAUUGGCCUCACCAAGGACCAAGGACGCUCGGAGUACCGCUUCACAGGAUGCUUCCAGCUCGCCAGGAAGAAAGGUACUGGUGGAGUCCAUUCAAUACAAUCGCACUCCAUCCAGGUUUGAGAAUUCCUGGAAGGCUUUGAAAAGAACCAGAAUCUGCGUUAGCCAACCGGAUGAAGAAGAGGCCUCUGACACGUCCACGACCCAGCAGCUCCUUAACACCAGGUGGCCAGCAAUGAAGCGCCGGGCCAAGGCAUUGCCCCUUCACCAGUCGCCCUACACCAAAUUCCCAAAGUCACCUAAAGUAGCGUCUACCACUGAUAAAUUGCCGAAAAAACUCUCCAGCUCCUUCAAGACAUCCCAGAUUUGGACAGAGUUGAUGAAUACAUCACUGAACGCAUCGCUGAACGAAUCAUACUGCUCUGACUUAUCCGAGGAUAGUUUCAUUGAUUCUUCGCCAAUAACCCAACUAGUUCCCGAUCAAUCUUCGUCUCCCUACAUUCCCCCUAGCCAAAAGAAGUCAAUACCAAAGCUACAAACCCGCAUCCUUAAAGGAGGAUUCGCUGAUGAGUUUGUCCAAAAGAUAAAGAACGUUCGCAUGGAUCAGCGACAUAUGAAAACAAUGAAUCCGAUACACAAGGUUACUGUGGUGGAAAUAGCCCAGGAACAUAACCUUCUUAUGGUUUUGGUUGAACCCGCAACUGGUAUGAGCAGUGGAAACCAAAACUUUAAUAUUAUAUUGCCAUCUAGCUUGGCAGGAGUUGCAAUUGGAUCUACACUGAAAUUCUAUUUGGAUGCCAAAGUCGAACCUCUGAAAUUAAGAAACAAUCAACUGGUGUAUUGCCAGCCUCGCAAUGUUGUUGUAGAGUAAAGUUUUUGAUAUAAUUUAAGUUAGAAAAUGAAAAAAUUAUGUUAAUUAUUUAGCUAUUAUCCUAAUGGAAGGCCUUUUUUUAUUGUAAAUAUAAAAUUACAUAUCAGACUUUCAGACUUUUUUUUUGUUUAUCUGAAAAUGGACGGAUUCAUCUUAAAAAGUAUAACUCUAAAAAGAGUAUUAUUGUCCCUAAUCCCAUCUUAAGAAUAAUAUCAGUCUUUAGAAAUAAACAUAAAGUACAUCUGGUUCAC